GGUUGAAUUCUAAAAUUGGAUUCUUUUUGGUUUAAAAAUGGUUGAGAGAAAGAAAGAAAGAAAACGGAGAUGAAAGAGGCAAAGAAAGAGUUGACACUUGAAAGCACUCAAACUCUCCAAAGAGACAGGUUAAAGAAUCCCAACUAACAUUAGUAUUUGCAGAGAAAAGCAAACGCACAAAAAGAAUGCGUAAGCAAUGUCUGUUCAUCAAGACUAUUGCUAUUAGUUUUGUAGAGAUAAUCUGUAACGGUAUUCCUCUGACAACUGCUGCUGUUGCAAAUUUUACCCAGCGGGAAUUGGCUUCUGCUUUGAGGAAAUUAGACUGACAUGGACAGUACAAAUGUUUCUGUAUCCAUUAUCGCUCAUUUUGGUAAAAAUGCAUAUGGGAGAAAAGUUUUAUAUGGUGCCAUUGAUAUUGGGGGUGAAAGGAAAAUGUGGAUUAGGGCUGGCUAUUGGUAAUGCUUUGCCAAUUCAAACUGCUGAUCUCAAUGAGUACGAUCAUAAUUCAGAUGCAAGCCAUGAGGACUGCAAGACAACCAAGUGGAAGGGCUAAAUGAAAGAGUUAAAGAUUAUGCAAUGGUUUGGCCUCCAAUGGUUAUCAUAACAAAUACAAGAUAUGAAUAUGAUGAAAAUAGCAAGGAACUUUCAUUCUCUUAUUCUUACUUAAUAUCACAAAUUAGCCUAUCCAUAGAAUAUUGAUUUCUAUUUAUUGACUUUUGAUUAUUGAGUGGAAUAAUUCUUGACUUGACAUAUAGUUCAUUGUAUCAUACAGAAUAUUAUCUUCUGUAGUCAAUAGGCAUGGGGAGUCAAGAACUGCUUGAACACUCCUAUGUUGCACACUUCAUAUGGCCCAAAAGGGCACUGGGGUAUGAGUUUUUUAUCUUUGAAAGUUCAGUAGUAGGUUAUUUAGAGGCUGUACGUCUCCAUAAGCUUUUAAAAGAGCAAAGAAAAGAUAGAGAUGCCUGGGAUUAGGAAAACAAACAAAAGGAAAGAGUUUCUUGGGGAUUGUUCUUGAGUUCCAUUGUAUCCAGGUGGGAAGUGCCAACUCUAUGGCUACCUGGCUUUAAAGGAAGAUUUGGAUAUUUUUAACCAGCACAAUCUAGGUGUAAACUCUCUAUUUAUUUCUCUCCACCACCUCUUAUUUCUUGCUGAAUGUUUUUACUAACAGUUGUGGUUGAUUAUGCCUCAGUUAAGAAUACAAAAUAUUGGACCUUCUGAAGUUAGUGCAGGAUAGCUGAAGGUGUUUUAUAAGAACACAGUAGUGAUUAAAGCUGAUGGGCCUAUAUGGCAAUUCAUCACAGCUGCCAUCAAGACCUCAUUAAGGGAUGCUACCUUUGAGAAAGAACUGGUUGUGGGUGAGGUUUGGAAGGUAGAGCAAGAAAACCUUAAGAAGCUUAAAGAAACCAGUAAGAUACAUCCUUUGAGAUGUAAGAAACAAAGAAAGAGCUAAGAAGGGCUUGGCAUGUUAGAAACAGAGAGAAAGAUCCAAGGGGGAGAAAGCAUAGAGGUAAAACAUUUUGGGUCUAGAGUUCCAAAAAUAUUUUUCGGUCUGGGGGUUCCUAAUUUCCAUUCUCCACCAUGAGUUGAGUGAUUUGGGUAGUGGUUGUGUGUAGUUGAAGCACUGACUCUCAGGAUGAGAUUUUGGCUGGGGGAUGUUAUUGUAUAAGUACUCUUGCUGGUUAUUUGUGGAUUAAUCUUGACAUCUCUGCUAAAGAAAGUGUAGCGAAUUUAUUGAUGGUUCCUGUGCAUGUCUGGUGUUUGCAAGACAUGUUAAAUCAUUAUGACUGAGUAAAUGAUUGAAUGGAUCAAUAAACUGGAUGGGCUGGUUGCAACUUGAAACCACUUUGUUUUGUGUUGUCUGAUCCAAAGUUCUUGAAGUUUUUGUGUCUUGAUUAUAGCAUAUAUGUGUAUUCGAAUGGUACCUUACUACCUUUGUUUGCAUCAUCUCCACACAAAUACAUUUUAACAAGUCAG